AUGGAAACAUCAGGUUUCAAUGAGGAGCAAUUGACGGUUCGAGAUGCUAUACAGAAGAUAUGUUCGAAUUAUACAGAUGAAUAUUGGAUGGAACAUGAUCAGAGCGGAGAGUAUCCACACGAGCUCCAUGCAGCAUUGGCAAAGGAUGGCUGGAUAGGUAUUGCGUUGCCAGAAGAACUUGGAGGUGCAGGUCUGGGUAUCUCAGAGGCUACUAUGAUGCUUCAUACAAUCGCGGAGAGUGGGGCCGGUAUUGCUGGAGCACAGUCAAUACAUGCUAAUGUUUAUGCUACACAGCCUGUUGCCAAGUUCGCUACCCCUGAGCAACGACAAGAAUGGCUUCCAAAGCUGAUCAGGGGAGAAUCACGGACCUGCUUCGGAGUCACUGAACCGAACACCGGUCUCGAAACACUUAAACUCCGCACAACCGCCACUCGCGACGGCGACACGUACAGAAUUAGCGGCCAAAAGAUCUGGAUUUCAUCCGCUCAAGUCGCCAGCCACAUGGUGCUCCUGGCACGCACAACGCCCCUAGAAUCCGUCACGAAAGCCUCCGAAGGCCUCUCGCUCUUUUAUAUUCCAUUCGACCGCUCCCAACCAGGCCUAGAUCUUCGCCGCAUUCCAAAAAUGGGUGGCCGCGCUGUCGAUGCCAACGAAGUCUUCUUCGACAACUACACAGUCCCGGCAUCGGCGCUCAUCGGCGCCGAGGGUCAGGGGUUUAAGAUCGUACUGCACGGCAUGAACGCCGAGCGCUGUCUUCUGGCAGGCGAAGCCCUAGGCCUUGGAUAUGCGGCGCUGGGUCGAGCGGCAAAGUAUGCGCGCGAGAGGGUGGUUUUCGGACGGCCUAUUGGGAUGAAUCAGGGGAUCCAGCACCCACUGGCGAGCGCAUUCAUGCAUCUCGAGGCAGCCAAAUUAAGCACCUAUCACGCAGCGAGGCUUUAUGAUGCGAGUAGGACGGACUCGGGGGUGACGCAGCAUGCAAUUGGUGUGGCGUGUAACAGUGCGAAGUAUCUUGCUGCGGAAGCAGCAUUCGUAGCUUGUGAACGGGCGGUGAUGGCAUUAGGCGGGAUGGGAUAUGCGCAGGAGUAUCAUGUGGAGAGGUAUCUCCGAGAAUGCUUUGUUCCACGGAUUGCGCCGGUGAGCCGUGAGAUGAUCAUGAACUUUAUCGGCGAGAAGGCGUUGGGCUUACCGAGAAGCUACUAG